CUCCUCUCCAUUCCAAACUCUCCCAACAGUCCAAACCCGUGUCCACCGAAAGUUUGAUGGGAUCAGGCCUCUCAAGCAGCCACCACCGGAGCAGCGGCGCGUCGUCGUCGCUUCACCAGCCACCGGCGGCGGCCCCGGCCCUGGUCGUCGCGGCCGACGGCUCGCUGCGGGAGUUCGUCACGCCGGCGGCGGCGCCGCUCCUUCUCCCCGUCUCCGUCUCCGACGUGCUGGGCGCGAAUGCGGACGACGACGGCGGCCGGUACUUCGUGUGCAGCUCCAGCGCGCUCUACUUCGAGACCGACGUCCCGGCGCUCGGCGCCAGCGAGCUGCUCCGGCCGGGGCAGGUCUACUUCGUCCUCCCCGCGGCCAUGCUCGGCAGGCCGCUCUCGGGCGCCGACAUGGCCGCGCUGGCCGUGCGCGCCAGCCAGGCGCUGGCGGCGGGAGCGAGGCCGCCGCGUGGCGGGCGACGCCCUCGCGGGUCCACCAGGGCGCGCGUCGUGCCGGCGGCGGCGGCGCACCACGCGCACGCGCACGGCGACGAGGAGGCUGUCAACGAGAAGCUCAACCAGAGGACUCUUGGCGGCUUCGAGACGGCUCCUCCACGUGGUCCGGCCAGGAAGCCCGCUGUCGCGGCGCGACCGGCCCCGCCUGUGACUGUGACUGUGACUGAGAGGAGGGCGCUCAGCACCAUCGAAGAGGGUGCCGAGUGAUCGAUAAAAUGGCUACAAGGCGCGCGUGUUCGAUUGAUUGAUGAUUAGGUUUAGUUUUUUAUUGGGUUAAUUAAAGACUUAAUGACACGCAAAUAGUUUGAAAGGAUAGGGAAACUUGUUACUUGGUUGAUCGACGUCUGUGUACUACUCACACUAAUUACAAAAUUAAAUGGGAAUUUUGGUUUUCGACCUGGUUCUU